AUGCCAAAAGUGAAAGAGAUUUAUGAUAAUCGUUUGGUUGCUACAAGUUCCAGUUGUUUGGUUGCUACAAGUUCCAGUUGUUUGGUUGUUACAAGUUCCAGUUCUAUAGAUGUAUCCACAAUUGAUAGCACUGAGAUUAUGCCUGAUAUCGAAUUCAUUGAAAACACGAAAUUUAGUGAAAACACGGGUAUAAUAGAUAAUAUGUUGAACGAAUUUGUUGAGGAGGAUCAAAUUUAUAAAGAUAAAGAGACAGUUAUGAAUAUGAUGAAGAACUUGGCUGUACGCGAGAGGUUCCAAUUCAAGGUGAAGAGAUCAAGCGCAAUAAGUAUAGUCAAGGACAAGUAUGUUAAUCCAAAAAAAGUUUACACCGCAAAUGAUAUAAUAGAGGAAAUACAAAAGCAACACGGGAUUGAAGUGAGCUACAUGAAAGCAUGGAGAGAUAAAGAGAUAGCAAUGGCAAUGAUAAGAGGGAAUCCGAGUGAUUCAUAUAAGGAGUUACCGAAGUAUUUUUAUAUGUUGGAGCAUACAAAUCCAGGAACGGUUACAAAGUUUCAUAAAUCAGAAGAUGGAUGCAUUCUUUAUGCAUAUGCUUCGUUAUAUGCAUCUAUCAAGGAUUGGGAGCAUUGCAGACCGAUAAUGGAUAGAGCUGCUGCUGUUUUUAUAGAAUUUGCAGUUGGAAAAAUCCUUCCACUUGCAUAUGUAAUUGUAGAUUCAGAGAAUAACAAAUCUUGGGAGUGGUUCUUUGUCCAGAUAAAGGGUACUUUUGGUGUUAGGGAAGUGAUGUGUAUAGUUUCAGAUAGAAAUGAAAGCAUCUUCAAUGCCACAAAAGCUGUGUACCUAGAAGUACCACAUUGUAUUUGCAUGUUUCACUUGUGGCAGAAUGUAAAGCGCACAUUCAAGAAACAUCAUAAACAAUUGAAUGAUAUCUUCUUUGCUUUGGUUAGAGCUUACACGAUAGAGAAGUUUGAGUACCAUAUGACAGAGAUAUACAAAAUUGAUCCGAGAGUGCAGCCUUACUUGUUCGAAAUUGGCUAUGAAAGGUGGUCUAAGGCAUACUCCAAAGUGAAAAGGUCGAUGGUAAUGACUUCCAAUAUUGCAGAGUCAAUUAAUGUAGCAAACAAGGAUGUUAGAUAG